AUGCUGGCAACCUAUUUGGAAGCUAGCCGGGAUCUUUGCGAUACGGACUCAAUUCUCUUUGGCGCUGCACUGGCAGUAUGCCGAAUCGUUGGCGCUAAACUUCCCAAGGCUGGACGUGCUACCAAACCAGGUAGCACUAUCCCAGCAUGGAGAAGAAGAAUUGAGGACCGUAUCGCAAAGGUAAGGGCCAUCAUCGGCAGGCUGAUAAGCUUCAGGUCGGGCAAUAAUAGGCCCAGAAUUGUGCGCACCGUUAGGAUGGCGUUCGCUGGGACCAACAUAAACUUGUCCCAGCCGGACAUUACACAAAAACUAACGGAGCGCAUAGAUGACCUGAAGCAGAGGAUCGCUGCUUGGGGGAAGCGGAUUCGGAGAUAUUCCGAGAGGACGGCGCGGUUUAGCCAGAAUCGCCUCUUCCAGAGUGACCAAAGGAGGCUCUACAAAUCUUUGGAGCGACCAAUGAGUUGUGGAAUGGGCCAAAGACCCCGUCGUCAUAACACCCGACGACGUAUCCGAGGCAGUCCG